AUGGCUUUAGCAAGAAUAAGUUUAGAACCACCACCGCACAUAGAUCCUACCAAAGCUACGCUAGCUUAUGGUCGACUCGCCAUAAAACGUCUUAAUCGAGAAUUAAAAGAUGUCGAUUUAUUAACACGACAACGUGCUGUUAAAGCCUUAUGCGAUUAUUUACACGAUCCUGAGCAUAUAGCAGAAGCAGUUAAUGAAGGAGUAGUAUGUUCAUUAAAUACGCUUUUAAAAGAUCCUGAUGUACCAUGUAGAGCAUAUUCAACAGAGUGUUUUGUCAUCCUGUGUCAACAUGCAAUUGGUCGUACUGCUGGAUUAAAUCAUAAUAUUUUAGAAUCAUUUAAACCGCUUAUCGCAUUUAAUCAACCUGAUAUCAUUCGUUUAAAUACACAUAAAGCUAUUGAACUUUUAACAACUGAUCCAUUGGGUGCUAAAGCAGCUGUUGAAAGCAAAUAUAUUGAUUUAUUGAUUAAAUGUGCUGAAAAAGAAGUGGAUGAAAUAAAAAUUGUUGUAUUGGACACAUUGAAUCAUUGUUUAAGCUUUGAUACUGGUGAAGGCUUAGAAUCUGGUGGAAUACCAUUGUUUACAAGACUGCUAUCUCAUCCAAGCGCUGAUGUCAGGGCACGUACAGCUCAAAAUAUUUUACGUUUAUGUGUAAAUCCCAAGGGAAAGCAAGAGGCUAUAGACAAUGAAACGAUACCUGCAUUGGUUGGUCUAUUGAAUGAUCAAAGUGAAAAUGUAAAAGCUUCAUCUGCUGGAGCGUUAGCCUUCAUAUGUACAACUAACCAUGGUCGAUAUACAACACUAAAUGCUGGUGCUAUCCCCUUGCUUCUUAUUCUUGUUGAUGAUGAGAAUAGUCGAGUACGUGUUAACGCUUUAAAGGUUAUUACAUGUUUAUCAGAAACACCGGAAGGACGUAGGAUUCUGUUAGAUCAUCUGAAUAAAAUAUCUCCACACGAAAAUGACAUGAAUGCAGCUGUAGCCAAGCAUGCCAGGAUAGCGGUAUCUGUUAUCACUUGGAAGCCAUAG